CCCAACAAAAAUUCAGUCCACAGUGAGCAAGAGGAGCAUGUGAUCAUCGAGCUUAAUUAGAACUAAUGCUGCAACUCUGAAGAUAAUUCAGCAAGAAAGAUGGAAAGAGAAAAUGUCAGAAUCCUGGUGUGAUACGCAAUCAUCACUCCAUCAUCAUCAUCAUCAUCAACUCCCUCGAAACAUCAAAUUCCUCGAGACAAACAAGCCAAAGAUAAGGAGUGACACCUUAAUCUGACGUCAGAACCAGCACACCUUCAAACCAGUAUUACUUCAACUUAAUCUCAACAAAUUAACCAAUUGUCGUCGGAGCCCAUCACUCUCAACUCCCCCAUUCCCCGUUUCUUGAAUCUUUAUCAGACCCCAGUAGAGGAGAAUUCUCCGUUUUUCUUGUAAGCAGAGAUGGGGGAAGAACACCUGAUAAAGCGUCCGUUGAUCUUCGCCUACUAUGUUACCGGCCAUGGGUUUGGUCAUGCCACCCGGGUUGUCGAGGUUGCUCGGCACCUGAUUCUUGCCGGGCACGAUGUUCAUGUGGUCACUGGUGCACCGGAUUAUGUUUUCACAACAGAGAUAGAGUCUCCUCGCCUUUUCCUUCGCAAGGUGCUCUUGGAUUGUGGAGCAGUUCAAGCAGAUGCCUUGACAGUUGAUCGUCUUGCAUCUUUGGAGAAGUAUUCGGAGACAGCUGUUGUACCUCGUGACACUAUUUUGGCGACGGAAGUAGAGUGGCUUAAAUCCAUCAAGGCUGAUUUAGUGGUGUCAGAUGUCGUUCCAGUUGCUUGUAGAGCUGCAGCUGAUGCUGGGAUUCGCUCUGUUUGUGUCACCAAUUUCAGUUGGGACUUCAUCUAUGCUGAAUAUGUAAUGGCUGCUGGUCAUCAUCACCGGUCUAUAGUUUGGCAGAUCGCUGAGGAUUAUUCGCAUUGUGAAUUCCUUAUCCGCCUGCCAGGAUACUGUCCAAUGCCCGCAUUCCGUGAUGCAAUUGAUGUGCCCUUGGUAGUGAGGAGGCUGCACAAGACACGUGAUGAGGUGAGGAGAGAACUUGGAAUUCCAGAUCAUGUGAAGAUUGUUAUUCUCAACUUUGGAGGACAGCCAUCAGGUUGGACUUUAAAGGAGGAGUACCUGCCUCAUGGUUGGCUUUGUCUGGUCUGUGGUGCUUCUGAAAGUUUGGAGCUUCCUGCAAAUUUCAUGAAGUUGGCAAAAGAUGCAUACACUCCCGAUAUGAUAGCUGCGUCUGACUGCAUGCUUGGGAAAAUUGGAUAUGGGACGGUUAGUGAGGCCCUGGCAUACAAGAUACCGUUUGUAUUUGUGCGUAGGGACUACUUCAAUGAAGAACCUUUUUUAAGAAAUAUGCUUGAGUUUUAUCAAGGUGGUGUUGAGAUGAUACGAAGAGAUUUACUAACUGGACACUGGAGGCCUUACCUAGAACGUGCAAUUAGCUUAAAACCGUGCUAUGAGGGGGGCAUAAACGGUGGUGAGGUUGCAGCUCGUAUUUUGCAGGAUACGGCCACUGGAAAAAAUUAUACAUCUGAUAAGCAUAGUGGGGCUAGGAGAUUGCGUGAUGCUAUUGUUCUUGGAUAUCAAUUGCAAAGGGUUCCAGGAAGAGAUCUCAGCAUCCCAGAAUGGUAUGCAAAUGCUGAAAACGAACUUGGUCUCCGUACAGGAUCUGCUACUGCUACUAUGAAUAACGAUAGUUUUACCAUGGCCUCGUGCCCUGAGGACUUUGAGAUUCUUCAUGGAGAUGUAAUGGGUCUUUCUGAUACCGUGAAUUUCUUGAAGAGCCUAUCAGAACUUGACGCUGUUCUUGAUUCUGGAAAAAGUACCGAGAAGCGCCAGAUAAGGGAGCGAAAAGCUGCUGCUAACCUCUUUAACUGGGAGGAAGACAUUUUUGUGGCAAGAGCACCUGGAAGGUUGGAUGUCAUGGGUGGAAUUGCUGACUACUCUGGAAGUCUUGUACUCCAGAUGCCAACCAGAGAAGCUUGCCAUGUUGCUGUGCAAAAGAUUCAUCCAACUAAACAGAGACUGUGGAAGCAUGCUCUGGCUCGACAGAAUGCUAAAGGGCAGGGACCAACUCCGGUUCUGCAAAUUGUAUCAUAUGGAUCUGAAUUGAGCAAUCGUGGUCCAACCUUUGACAUGGAUCUGUCAGAUUUCAUGGAUGGAGAACAACCAAUGUCAUAUGAAAAGGCAAGAAGUUACUUUGCUCGGGAUCCAUCACAAAGAUGGGCCGCAUAUAUUGCUGGGACGAUUCUCGUCCUGAUGAAAGAACUUGGCAUAUGCUUUGAGGAUAGUAUUAGUAUGCUGGUUUCGUCUGCCGUGCCUGAAGGCAAAGGUGUCUCUUCUUCUGCCGCCGUGGAGGUUGCUACCAUGUCUGCAAUUGCUGCUGCUCAUGGAUUAAACAUCAAACCGCGAGAGCUUGCCUUGCUCUGCCAAAAGGUGGAGAAUCAUGUAGUUGGAGCACCGUGUGGUGUAAUGGAUCAGAUGACUUCUGCAUGUGGCGAAGCUAACAAACUGCUUGCAAUGGUUUGUCAGCCUGCCGAGGUAUUGGGUCUGGUUGACAUUCCUAGUCAUGUAAGAUUUUGGGGAAUUGAUUCAGGGAUUCGACAUAGUGUCGGCGGAGCUGAUUAUGGAUCUGUGAGGAUAGGAGCCUUCAUGGGUCGCAAAAUUAUAAAGUCCGUUGCAUCGGACUUGUUAUCUGAGUCUUGUGCUAAUGGAGUGACUUCUGAUGAUCUGGAAGAGGAUGGAGUUGAACUACUUGAGAAGGAGGCUUCCUUGGAUUACUUGUGCAACUUGUCACCACACAGAUACGAAGCUCUUUAUGUUAAGCGGCUGCCUGAAACUUUGCUUGGGGAGACAUUCUUGGAGAAAUAUGAGGACCAUAAUGAUCCAGUCACUGUAAUAGAUAAGAAGAGGAAUUAUGGACUCAGGGCAGCAACAAGACAUCCUAUAUAUGAAAAUUUCCGAGUCAAGGCCUUCAAGGCGCUUCUAACAUCUGCAACUUCAGACGAUCAACUCACUGCUCUAGGAGAAUUGAUGUAUCAGUGCCACUACAGUUACAGUGCUUGUGGGCUUGGCUCUGAUGGGACAGACCGGCUGAUCCAGUUGGUGCAAGAAAUGCAGCAUGGUAAGAGUUUUAGGUCAGCUGAAGGAACUCUGUACGGUGCAAAGAUUACCGGUGGAGGAUCAGGUGGAACGGUUUGUGUUGUUGGCAGAAAUUGUUUGCGGAGCAGUGAGCAAAUUCUUCAGAUUCAGCAGAGAUACAAAAAUGCAACAGGUCAUUUACCUAUUAUUUUUGAGGGGUCAUCCCCAGGAGCAGGCAAAUUUGGCCAUCUCAGAAUUCGUCGCAGGCUGCAACCGGAGCAAAAUUGACGUGUUAGGUAGCAAAGAUUAAUGGAUAACAUUAUUAGUAGGAGCAAACUCUUGUGACAAACUAGGUCACAAGACAAUAAUGGAUGCUAUUAAUUAGAAGCACCUAUGCCAUUUUGAGACUACAUCUAGGGGUGUAAAUAAACGGAAUAGUGCCGGACACAUUGAUUAUUUAAGCUUGUCUGAAUUAAUAUCAAGCUUGGGAAUCAUUGUUUGAGCUUGAUGUGAUUAUUAAUUUAGCGAGCUAGCUUUAAUUUAAUACAUGUAAUUUGAUACUUUAAAUGUUAUUUCCUUCUCUUUUAUAGUAAUUGAGUUGAACUCAAA